AACAAAGAAAACCAAAGCAGAGACUACGUAAUAGCCGAUAUACAAGUGUUUCAACCAUUAACUCCGGAAGAAAAUGAAGACAAAAAAAAACUGUCACAAAAGUUAAGGCGGAGCCGUUGCAAAGGCAAUCCCGCCGUUCCUCGCCCGCCGGCGUUGGCAGCAGUGUUUGUUUACCGUGUUGUUUUGACGGUCAGCUGACGCGUGACGCAACAAGGUCAGCAUGGGUCAGGGGUCAUCCAGCGGGGUCAGGGCCCACAUGGAGACAGCUCAGAAGACAGGCGCUCUGGUGCUGUCCAACAGAAAGCUGACGGAGCUUCCAGACCUGGCCGCCCUAAACAAGGUGCUGCGGACUCUUGACCUCUCCACCAACAAGCUAAAGGGCGUUCCUCCGUCUGUGUGUGACCUUUCCAACCUCAAGCAUCUGAACCUAAAUGGAAAUAGAAUAGAGAGUCUUCCAGAUGACAUAGGAAGACUAAGCAAGCUGGAAUCAUUAUCAGUCGUUUCCAACCUCCUCACGUCAAUACCAGAGUCAAUGUCGCAGCUCAAGCACCUCAAGUCUGUCAUACUCAGUGACAACAAAAUCACUGAGUUCCCCGUGAUGCUGUGUGGCUUAUCCCAGCUGGACGUGGUGGACCUUAGCGGCAACCAGAUUACUGCAGUCCCCGAUGGAAUAGAGGGUUUGCAGGCCGUGGAGGUCAACAUAAAUAUGAACCAGAUUUCCGCGAUAUCCCCGUCUAUUGCCUCCUGCCCUCGCCUCAAGACUCUUCGGCUGGAGGAGAAUUGCCUAACCAUCAGUAGCAUCCCCGAGGAGCUGCUGAACGACUCCCAGGUCUCCCUCCUCUGUGUUGACGGGAACCUGUUUAAGAUGAAGGAGAUUGAAGAGGUGCCCGGCUACUCCAAGUACAUGGAGAGGUACACGGCCGUCAAGAAGAAAAUGUUCUAAGGGAACAGUCUCUGCCAGGUACUUGUAAUAUUACUGAAUUCCCAGAAAGAAGGCUCAGGUGAUUCAUUUACUCAAAAGGGAUACAUAGAUAGAAUACAAAAUGUUCAAGUGUGAUUGAUAGGCAAGUAAAUAUAUCUGAGCAUUGAGAAAGUGUGUGAGGCAGGGCCGGUACAAGGACUGUUUGGAAGGUGUGGCUCUGAUGAUUGGUGAGCUGAACUAUUUACGAGGCAGUUUUUAUAUUUUAUUGGAAUAAAUUAUCAGGAAUUGGUAUGGAAAAAAUGUUUUCUACCAAGUCAUCUUCUCUCAUAAAAUCAUUUUAUUGUGUAAAAAAAAUAAAUAAGACCUUACAUGUUAAAAUUUCCAACAAGCUGAAUUUUAAUUGAAUCACCUUGUUCAGUGACAGCUCAAUGUAUCUGGCAACACUUGCUUUGUAUGCUCUGACUAUUGAGGAUCUUGAAGGCUGUGUCUAGAGUAGACUGCUUGUGUUUAUAAUUCAGUAAGGUGAUUUGAACAGUGAAAGUUCUUACUUGAAAUUAUACAACACCCCAAACCAUUGAGAUGCAUGUGUUCAUUCUUGAUUUUUCUUUGAAUGACUCUGAGCAUUCAUAUCACUAUUCAUAAUUCAGUUGAUAGUCCUCUUAAAACUGAUGUGACUUCCUGAGAUGCAGGAUUGUUGUGGUGCAGGGAAUACACGCACUGCAGUUUUCUUUCUUUCUCUAUUUUAUCAAGUUUAAAAAUACUGAUAAGCUGCUGAAUAGUUAUGAUCUGGUGAAGCAGGUUGCAAUUCUUUAGUGGAUCCGCCUGAUGCGGAAAGCCUCCCAAACUGAGUCAGUGAGGGGGUAUCCCUAUGGCUGACUGGGCAGGUAGGUUCCCAUCUUGCUGGUCGUGGGUUCGAUCCUCGGUGCUGGGGAUAAAACUAAUCUCCAUUACAUAAAAUUAGAUAGGUGGAGGAAGUAGUCAAGAUCUGUAUGAGUGUUGGUAUGGAUGUAACGGCAAAGAAAAGAUUGCAGAGUGGUACAGAGGUGCAGCAUGGUGCCCUGAGAUGGCUUGUGAUAAGAAUGAAUGAGGAUGACUUUGUGAAGAGUGAAUGAGAGUAGUAUCGAGGGAGAGGUAAUCAGGGGGGACCACCCAAAAAAUGAUUCAAUAGAGUGGUUGGGGAGAGAGUUGGCAGGCAAGGGAUUGAACGCGCUGUGAAGGAGUGUCAAAAUAGGGAUAAUUGAGCCUCUUCUGCCCAUGAAGGGAAAGAACAUCAGAGAUAGAGAUAAAUAAAAAUGCUAAAGGUAAUGUUGACACCAGGUUCCAGACACCUUGAACUUUCAUCUGGUAGUGAGGGAAACUUGUAUCUACCUCUCUAUCUCUUGGUUAACCUCAUCCUCAGAGACGGAGCCACAGAAUAGGAGAGUUUGGCCAGCUUCAUCACAGGAACUAUGUUGUUACCGAAGGUGCUGUGUGGAAAUCAAAUUGAUGCUGAUACAAUAGUGUUUUUGUGCUCUAGAUAAUCCUUUGAGAUCCUGACACGACAGGGGCUUCGUGGUGCAGUGGUUAGCACACUCGGCUCACAACCAAGAGAGCCUGGGUUCGAUUCCCGGGCGGAGUGGAAAAAUCUGGGUGGCUUUUCUGAUACCCUACGCCCCUGUCCACCCAGCAAUGAAUGGGUACCAGUUAUUAAUCGCGUGUUGUGUCCCGUCUCCUGGGAUCUGUUCCCUUCUCCUAUAAUUCCUUCCCCUUCUGUCUCUCUCCGGCAUAUGACCGUAGAUGUUACGCCGACUAAACAAAACUUUCCAACUUUUCUUUCCUGAUCUAGAGCAGCACUGAUUUGAAUUUCAUGCGGAUCUUUUGGUGCUUGCAAUGAAGGUGGCCAAAGAUGCCUAUUCUGUGGCUCUGCUCCGAGAAGUGAAGUGAAAGAUAUGUGUACAGAUAUACCUAUAAUGCCUUGUAAGAGUUAUAAGCGUAACGUCUGGAAUAAUGAUCACCAGAGAAAUAGGACUAGAUAAGAAAUCAGAGCAAGACAGUAUAAAACCUGUAGAGCGUAUGAUAAACAAGAAAAAAAUAGUUUCUGCCGUUUUUAUUUUAUGAGAUGAGAAUGUAAUGAGAUUAUGAUGUAUGUAAACAGGAAGUGGAACAAGAAUACUUAGUCAAGGCAGUAGAAGGAAAGAACUUUUACUGUAAUGAGGCUCACGGAUAGACAUAUGUUAGCUAGUGUCUAGAUGUUUGUAUUAUGAAAGACAAAUGUUGUAUUCAAGCAGCUUCAGGCCUGAGUGUGACUGGAAAGACCUUAAUCUCGUACCUUUAACCCUUAGACGGCAGCAGUAUUUGAAGGGUAGCUCCCCCAAAAUGAAUCGUCUAUGUAUAGUCACUGCCAACCUUAGGACCGUAGCAUAAAUAGAGUUACGCCGCACAAGAGGUGUUUUAACUAUCGUCUAUAUAUAGAUUCUACUGCAGUCUGUAAGUGUUGUUAUAUUUCUGCCAUACAAAACUGACUGACUGAAUUUUGGACCGUCUAUAUAUAGUUCCACCGCCGUCUAAGGGUUAAAGGUUCGGCUACAUGCAUGCCGUAAUCACCGGGGACCCUGAAAUAGCUGUGCGGCAUGAAACAUUACGAUGCAUUGAAGAUUUUGCUACAUCUUUGAAAUCUCAUUGAUGAUUGUUACCACUAUUUCAAUGUUUAUAUAUGUAUAUGAAUAUUAUAUAAGUCAAGCAUUGCAGAGAUAAAUAAUCUGACUGUCUAUGAUUCUGCUCACUGUUACUUCUUGUGACAUAUCACUGUCACAUUUUAGGUCUUAUCAAUUAAUAUUCAAGUACUGAAUUUCAUUGAUAAUCAUAACAUGUAUUCAUCUGUAACUAUUUUCACUGCAUACACUUGAUGAUAUACUCCAGACAGCAGGAAAAAGAUGGGAACCACAUGCAUAAUAGAAUGGCCACUUGCUGCCUGAAUAGCCAAGGACACCAAGGGCAGUCACUCAGUACAUGGCAGCUUGGUGCAUGACGGAGGACUGCCAGGCUUGUUCGGGACAUUCAGGGAGGGGUGAGCUCACUGCCCGGCACACGUGUGAAUCAAGGAACAAAACAUCUCUCUCCCACAAACAGUACAUCUCAACACUAUCUUGCUAAAAGGAUGUCUCCCUAUAAUGCUGAAAUGGCGUGGGUUAUAAAUUUGUCAGCUGGUGUGAUGCCAGAAAAUGAUUAACACUUAUUGGGAACAGUGCACAGUGGGCCAUCUUUCUUUAGGGCUGGGAACAACAUCAAGCGGGCAUGUUUCCUGUCUGUCUUUUGCCUCUGGUUGGUUUCCUUUCCUCAUGAAGAAGUGGAGAUAACUAAACAACACUCCAUUAGUAACGAAACAGUAACACUAUCAUAUAGAGAGGAUGUACAUCUCGGUCUAUAAUAACCAAUACACUGUCACUAUGUAACUAGUUUUACGAUUCUUCAAUGUAUAUACAAAAAUAUAUUUAUUAUGCAUCUGCAUGUAUAUAAUCGUAAGAAAAAGAUACAUAGCUAUAUCAUAUUUUUGCACAAACAAAUUUUCUAUGUGCUUUUUAUAAAUUCUUCAUCAGCAGCUUCCUUCAAGUGAUUCUUUUGUGGACUAACGUCAAUGUUCAGUGUUACAUGUACUAGUCAUCACUGCCCCGACCCUGGCCAUGUUAGGACUGCUAGAACACAGAUAGAAUACAGUCGUUGCAGGUGUUGGUGUUCACUAAGGGGUAAUUUAUUUUGAGUUUAUGAAGGAUAACACUCAUAGCUAUAUAAAAAAUGAUUGGAACACAACCAUCACUGCCCCGACCCUGGCCAUGUUAAGACUGCUAGAACACAGAUAGAAUACAGUCGUUGCAGGUGUUGGUGUUCACUGAGAGGUAAUUUAUUUUGAGUUUAUGAAGGAUAACACUCAUAGCUAUAUAAAAAAUGAUUGGAACACAACCAUCACCAAUUGAUCAAACAAGAAUGUAAAUUUUGUUUCAGUGAUUCAAAUGAGAAACACAAGAAGUGGCUCCAAAAUUAUGUUGUGUGAGGAGGAGUGAAGUGAAGACCGAUUCUGUAUCAUGUAGCCUUUUCUAAAUUUUCUUAUAUUCUUGCUAACUUGUCACAUCAGGUCUCACACACAAACACACACACUCAUGUGCUGUCGUUGGGGGUACACACACAGAAUUGUGGGGAGUUCUACCACUUCUCAAUGAAGCACAUGAUAAAUUGAUCUAUAUGGCAGAAUAUUAUUUUCCCAACUGUGGGUAAAAUACUAGUCUGGGGCUAUAGGCACGUCCAGACAACAAACACCCUGAACAACAACAACAUGCCCAGGAUUCAAACCGUGACCAUUGAGACAGGUGGCAGACACUAGUGUUGAGCCAAUGGGUGCCCUGUGGCGUAAAUUCUUUAGAAGCUGGAACCCUCCCCAACGGUACCAACCUGACCAGGAAGGACUGGGUCACGUUAAACAGAGCACAUGCAAAGGUCUGAAAAAACAAGUACAACCUCCACAGGUGGGGAUUAGCCAACAACCCUGAAUGCCCAUGUGAAGUGCAAACUAUGAACCACUUACUCUGGGAAUGUCCAAAGGGGCCUCACUGCACCGACCAAGAUCUUAGGGAAGCAAGUGAAAAUGCCAUUCAAUGGGUACGUUUUUAUCGCGACAAGAUAUGAUGACUUAGAAGCCUUUAUCUAUGUCUCACGUCACUAUAUGGUGGUGCGGUGGAUACAGUCUCAGCUUGUCACCUAUCAGACUGAGGUUCACGCCAAGCUCAGGCAGAAAAGUUUUUAGUUCACAUGGUGCAGUUACUGUCCCUCCUUGAUCAAUGGGGAUGGGAAAGAGGGGGAGGGGGGAGGUUUUAGCUGUACCUGUAGAUCAGCUAGUAAACUCUUAGCUCUCCAGGAGGGUAGUGAUUGAGUCCAGCACGUGAUCAGACCUUGGAUGAAUCACACGGACAGUCUGAAGCAGUCACAUGCGAUUGGUGUCACACUGGCUCAAGAAUCUUCCAAAGUACAUAUCACAAUGUUUGCAGACGGCUGAAAUGUUCUGUGUCAUGAGUGAUAGGUUUAGGAGUUUGUCUUUCUCAUCCCAUAUUCCAAGUAUAAGUCUUGUAAUUUUUCAGUAUCAAUAUUAUUCAUAGGUUUCCAAGUAUUGUUAACACGCUUAUAACCCUAGUUACAGUUGUUUGAUUUUCUUUAUGCUUGCAAGUUGUCAUGAAGCUUUUGCCUAAUUGUGACUGGUUGGUGGUCUGUGAUUUGUCAUUUUAAUUUUUUUCAGUCCUAAUUUUACAACAAAUUGCAAUAAUCUAAACAGGUUGUCAUGCCGAUAUCAUUAAUGUUUAUGAAAAAAUAAUUACUGUUGAGUUAAAUGUCAUGAUGAUUAUAAUUUGCAGUGACUGCUUAGUACUCUUUAUCAUAUCAGUUUUCAUUUCUAGCUUGCCAUAAUUUCCAUACAUUGCUUACUAGAUGUCUUCUAUUUUAUUCAGUAACCAUUAUUUUUUCUACCUUUACAAUGUGCCAUGAUCACUAAGGCUGGCUGUGGCACUUCACUGCCUCUUAAAAAGCUGUGUUUGUAUGGAAUGGAUCAAAGGCUGUUAUGAUAUGAUCCUUCUUUUCUGUCUCAACUUUUAACCCAUUACAGUAAUUUGUGAACUUAUACAAUACUUGUUAUUAUCAUAUGAAUUUAUUUUAAUGCUACCAUUUUAGUUCUUGCUUAUGUAAUGUGAAUCCUUUUUCCGUCUGUAUAACUGAUAAUAAUGGAAAAACAUUGUGAAAUGAAAGUCGGACCAUUGCAUUAUUUUUGAGUGCAAGAGAGAGAAUCCUUUCACGACUACUAAACACUAGCAUGUUUUCAGUUUAGAAGACAAUACUUAUUAACUGUACUUAUAUGAGUAUAGAUGUUUAUCAGUCUAUUAAAUUUCUAUUGACUCUGGAUAGCUACAUCAGGGAGAGUACAAAUCUGUGAGAGAACGAGAAACAUCUUGUGCUUCCAGACACACAUUCCAGUGUUGAAUGCUUCAUCAUUGACUCGGGCAGCCUUGUGCUGUCCAAGCCUUGCCAAAUGGCUUAACAUAGGUCAAUGUACAGGCCAUGCCAAAUGACACUGAUUGGUUCACUGUUGUGAUGAAAUAUGCAGGUUGAUGUACGAAUACACAAAUAUUUUUCUCUUAUGCAAUUUCUGUAUCACCAUUUGUAAGAAGUAAACCUGCACAUUCCCAGUUUGGGGCAGAACCAUAAUAACCACUGCUCCAUCAAAGUGCCAGACCCUGCGUUGGCCUCAAGGUCUGUUGUCUAGGCCUACAUUCAUGUCUGUGCGUGUGUGUUUGUGUGGAUAGGUCUAUCUGCUUGUUUUCAGACUGCCAUACAAUGAUGGCUUAUUAUUAUCUUUCAUGUCAAGGACUGGCCUUGCUGGAUGUGGUGUGUAGAACCAAUUGUGUUCAGCAUUGUGGCCAGGACUAAGCCACAGAACAAAUUGAAUUUUAAAAUGUUUAGGACACAUGACAUUGUACCAACAGUCCACAGUUUGUUGGUGAAUCUGUAAACCUUUACGAUGAAUGUUACAGGAGAACAUGAAUAUCAUGGAAUCAGGAAUUGCGUGUGGUAAAUUUAAUAAUUAGCAGUUGUAAAUUACAGUGCUGAGUAUGAUGUAUACAAUCAGAAAAUCUUGUAACUGAUCUGCACUGUAUACACUGAAUUAAGGAACAUGUGCCAUGUUCCUGUAACACAUUUUUUUUUCACAAAUUCCAUGAAAGAUUGUUUGGGUUAAAAAAAUCUUUUAUGCAAAUGAUUUACACUUAUCCUUUACAAGAUUAUAAUGUUGCCAAAGUAAGGAAAGGCAGCCUGAUUCCUUGUUACACAUGCAUGCACUCACCCACCCACACCCAUACAUUACUCCUGUGGUGUAGUGGUUAUACUCUCAGUCUGCUAUCCCAGCAGACUGAGGUUUGAGCCUUGCUCUGGCUGAAAGAUGUUUUCGCUGACAAAUGGUUACUGUCCCCACUUGAGCAACCCCCUUGGGGAGGGGGAGGGGGAGGGGUCCCAGCUAUGCCCCAAAAUCAGCUGAAUGGUCUCCAAAGCUUUCUCUGGGAGGGUGCUGGCUGGCAAUCAUGAGUCCAGUACAUAAUCAGACCAUGAGUCAAUUACACACACACAAAAUAACUAGUGAAUAAGAUGUGGCACAUUAAAAUUCGUUAAAUUUUUCCAAUAUGAAAUGUUCUCAAAUACUUAACUGUCACUCAUCACAUCAACUCUAUGUAGCACAGUUACUUAGAUUGUAAAAAGACUGAGAACAAACAUUUUUUCCCAAUAAAAAAUGUUUGUAAUACAUACAUCAGUUUUAUUUGGUUGCUUUGUUUCUUUAAAGAAUUAAAAGGAAAUUAAGAAUCACCCUAAACCAGGCAGCUAAGACCCUGCAGCUCUGCCAGGGCUACUAGAGAGCGCUGCCUCUCACCAGUGAGCCGCCUUGAGCUGGGAUCAGUUAUGAGCUGAGCACCAUACCCACAGACUCCCGGCUACGGCCUCCAAAGAAUGUGCUACCAAAUUAAGUUGCAUUUUAACCAGUAGUGAUUAAAGCAUGGCUGGGUUUUAUGGAUUUUCCCUUUUAAUUUCCUUCACAUCAAGGCUGCACUCUGCUCUUCCCUGUCAUCUCUCAGCAGUCUGCCCAUCACAUCUAACCUGAGCUUAUUUUUUGGUUUAAUAUUAUCUUCGGUUCUUUCAUUAGUUGUAUCAGAAGGGUUUUCAUGUGAGCCAAGUUUUGUGUUCAUCACCAACACAUCAUUGCCUAAAGCUAACAUUAUCUACAUAUUACACUUGCAUUUCUUUGUAUUGUGUUGAACCAUAUCCACUAUAACUCCGAGACUGCAGUGAAACUAUGCAAGAUAUUUUAAGCAUUUCUUGUCCUGUUAUUUAUUCUUGUCUUCCUCCACUUUAAUUUUCACUUUAUUUUCUCUUCAGUCUUGCAUUAUCCCCUAUUUCCAUACCUUACACUCCUGCCCUCUUCUAUUCCUAUUUUUCAUUCUCUAUUUUAGCUUUUCCUUUCUGUUGAAUCUUUACUUAUUUCCAUAUUAUUUAUUCUUGCCUUCCUCUACUUUAAAUUUCACUGUAUUUUCCCUUUUCUUCUCUAUUGCAAUUUUUCCCUUUUUUUAUUAUGUUUUUUCUUUCCUUCUAUUAAUUUUCACUUCGUAUUGCAUUUAAUCUUUUCCUUUCUAUAAUUUUCUUCUCCUCUUUUGCUAUGAUUUAUUCUUCCUUUCUUCUUCUUCCUAUUUUCCACUUUUAUCAUGUUUAAUUCUUUUCCUUUCUUUAAUGUGUCUUUCUUUUUCUCUGUAAUUUAUUCUUCCUUUCUUCUAUUCCUUAUUUUCCACCUUGUAUCAUGUUUAAUCUCUUCCCUUCUUUAAUAUGCUUUUUCUCUUUCUCUGUGAUUUAUCCUUUCCUUUCUUCUACUUCCUUAUUUUCCACUUUUAUCAUGUUUAAUCUUUUCCCUUCUUUAAUAUGUUUUUUCUCUUUCUCUGUAAUUUAUUCUUCCUUUCCUCUAUUCAUGAUAUUUUCCUUCGUACUUCCCCUUCUCCUUUUUAGACCAUUUCUUGCUUUGCUCUACUUAACUUUUUUUAUGUAUUUUUCUCUUUUUCUUUCUAUUUUCCCUAUUAUUGCACAGUUUAUUUUUGCUUCUUUCUGAAGUUUGAAUUUUCACCUCGUAUAUCCAUUUUUCUUCCUACACUAAAGUUUCCAUCUGUAUCUUCUCUUUUCCUUUCUCUAUUUUGUAUUUUUUUCCUAUUUCCAAGGUAUUUAUUCUUCCUAUUUUUCACUCUUAUCUUUUCCUUUCUCUAUACUGUAUUUUUUUCCUAUUUUUAAGCUAUUUAUUCUUCCCUCUACUCCUAUUUUUUACUAUUUUAUCUUUUUCUUUCUCUAUACAGUGUUUUUUCCUAUUUCUAAGCUAUUUAUUCUUCCCUCUAAUCCUAUUUUUUACUAUUUUAUCUUUUCCUUUCUCUAUACUGUAUUUUUUUCCUAUUUCUAAGCUAUUUAUUCUUCCCUCUAAUCCUAUUUUUUACUAUUUUAUCUUUUCCUUUCUCUAUACUGUUUUUUUCCUAUUUUUAAGCUAUUUAUUCUUCCCUCUACUCCUAUUUUUUACUAUUUUAUCUUUUCCUUUCUCUAUACUGUGUUUUUUUCCUAUUUUUAAGCUAUUUAUUCUUCCCUCUACUCCUAUUUUUUACUAUUUUAUCUUUUCCUUUCUCUAUACUGUGUUUUUUUCCUAUUUUUAAGCUAUUUAUUCUUCCUGCUACUCCUAUUUUUUACUAGUAUUUUCUCUUUUCCUUUCUCUAUACUGUAUUUUUUUCCUAUUUUUAAGCUAUUUAUUCUUCCCUCUACUCCUAUUUUUUACUAUUUUAUCUUUUCCUUUCUCUAUAUUGUUUUUUUUCCUAUUUCCAAGCUAUUUAUUCUUCCUAUUUUUCACUCUUAUCUUUUCCUUUCUCUAUAUGGUCUUUUUUUCCUAUUUCUAAGCUAUUUAUUCUUCCCGCUACUCCUAUUUUUCACUAUGUUAUAUCUUUUCCAUUCUACUGUGUUUUCCCAAUUUCUUUACUGUUAUAAAUCUUGCUUUCUUGUAUUUUUUUAUUUUUUAUUUUCACUCCGUAUUUUCCCCUUUUCUCCCAUUUAAUUCAAGCCUUAUUUUUUUCUCUUUUUCCUUACUGUUUUUUCCUUAUUUCUACAUUUCUGUAUUCUUGAUUUCCUGUAUUUUUUGAUCUUCACUCCACAUUUUCUUCUCUUCUCCCUGUCUAUCUUUAUCUUAACUAUUCUUUCCACCUCCUUCAUUAUCUCUGCAUUUUCCUAUCCAAUUUCCUUUUUUGCUCACUUUCGUUCACCCUUUUCAUAUUAGCAGUAAGGUAUAUUUUUUCAUCCUAUCAUAAUAUAUACAUUGUUUACCUGUUCAUUCUUACUAUAGUCGGUAUUAUAAGACAGUUUCGGUUCUCACAUCAGCUAUUUCCAAAGGUCAAAGAGGGGGUCAGUCGGGUUCUAAUGAGUGUUUCUUUGGGUUCACGGUACAGAAGAAGGGCCAAACUACCACCAGGGCCAUAUAACUACUCCUGGAAAUGCCCAAAACUCCCACGAAAGCCUUGUCAAAUAUGUGUUCUUGGGCGAUGAAAUGUCUUAUUAAUAUGACCCUAUAUCUCAUCUAUGUCAAAAUAAGUCAUGUAUUGGUAGCUGAAGUCCCAUGCAAAUAGCUGUGUGGCAUUUGCAUUAGUGAUUCUUUUAUACUUAUCUUUCGACCUGGUGUGUGUUCAGUCUUUUGCAACGCUCAUAUCUACAUCACAAAUAAACACCAUCCUUA